AGUUUAGUCAUACUUAAAAAAACCUUUACUGAACAACUAAACUUCAGUGUUGGCCAAAGGAGUUUCUCCUAAGGAAGAAAGGCAGACGCUCACGUAGACAGAACAGGAAGAUGGCAGGCACACCUUACUGGAAGUGGCAGAAAAGCCCUGGAAUGCCCUCACUCUUUGACAAUUCCGCCAGCCAGCCUGGACUACACAUCUGGAGGAUUGAGAAGUUGCGUCCCAUCCGCAUGUCUGAUAAUAACGGUGAAUUCUUCAGUGGGGAUGCUUAUCUGGUACUUCGCAAUGAGGAAGAUGGUGAAUCUCACCUACAUAUAUGGCUAGGUGAGAAAUCUUCAAAGGAUGAACAAGGUGCCGGUGCUCUGCUUGCCACGCAGCUAGAUGACUUCUUAGGAGGAAGACCAGUUCAGCACCGUGAGACGCAGGGUAAUGAGUCUGAACUCUUCAUGAGCUACUUUCCGAAAGGAGUCAAGUACAAGGAAGGUGGUGUGGAUUCUGGAUUCCAAAAGGUUCAGACAGGCCCUGCCAAAAUUCAGAAACUUUAUCAAGUUAAGGGAAAGAAGAACAUCAGGGCCACAGAGGUUUCAUUGAAAUGGUCAAAUUUCAACAGGGGUGACUGUUUCCUCCUGGACUUGGGUGAGACUAUAAUUGGCUGGUCUGGUUCCCAGUCCAACAUGUUUGAGAGGCAGAAGCUAACGGAGAUUGCCAAUGGGAUUCGUGACUGUGAGCGAAAGGGCAAAUCAAAGGUGCAGAUUGUUGUUGAGGGUGAAGAACCUGAAGAAAUGAUACAGAUCCUUGGGCCAAAACCCCAGUUAGCAGAUGGGAACCCUGAAGAUGACACAAAGGCAGAUGUGAAGCAUGCAAAGGCCGUUGGUCUCUACAAAAUCUCAGAUGCUACCGGGGCCAUGAGAUUAACAGUGGUGAGUGAGAGCAGCCCCUUUGACAGAAAGCUCUUGGUGACUGAUGACUGCUUUAUUCUGGACAAUGGAAAGUAUGGGAAAAUCUAUAUCUGGAAAGGUAAUAAAGCCAAUGAAGAAGAAAAAAAGGCAGCUUUGCUUGUUGCUGACAAAUUCAUUAAAGAAAUGAAUUAUAAGCCAAAUACACAGGUAGAGAUUUUGCCAGAAGGGAGGGAGACGGUGCUCUUCAAACAAUUCUUCAAAACCUGGUAGUGAUAUUUUCUCUGAGCAUUCUCAUGUCUACAGUUAAUGUGAUAAAACACUCAUUGUUAUUCAUACUUUUACAUUGUGAAAUAAGUUGGCACAUUCCUCCAUGAUGAAAAUAUUUUCCAUUCAGUAAUAUCAGUUUAUAACUGAUAUCAUGUCAAUAGAUUAUAAAUGAACUGCUUUUUAAUCAUGUCUGGUUCUUGAUUUGUAAAUAAUUCAUUAUGGUCAUCAGUACUGUGUUUUGCUGGUGAGGAAUACAUAUGAAAAACGUUUUAAUAAAAGUAACUUUUCAUAUACAUCUCUA